AUGAUUCUUUCUUUUAAGCAUUAUUUCUAUCUCUUUUGUUUCUUUCUGUCAUUAAGUCAUUUCUUUCUUUCUUUCUUUCUUUCUUUCUUUCUUUCUUUCUUUCUUUCUUUCUUUCUUCUUCAUUUCUUCCUUUCUUUCUUCUCUCUUUGUUUAUUUAACACAUUUCUCUCACUUUUUUGUCAUCAAGUAAUUUCUUUCUUUCUUUCUUUCUUUCUUUCUUUCUUUCUUUCUUUCUUUCUUUCUUUCUUUCAGUCAACUGAAAUGUCAUUUCUUUCUUACUUUAAGGUAUUUCUAAAGAAAGAAUUCUUUCUUUCUUUCUUUCUUUCUUUCUUUCUUUCUUAUUUUUUGCCGCACCCUGUACAACCUCACCUUGUGAACCUCGAAACAUUUAUAAUCGUUUGCUAUUUGUUCAUUAUCUAUCUAUCUAUCUAUCUAUCUAUCUAUCUAUCUAUCUAUCUAUCUAUCUAUCUAAUAAAUGCGAUUAUAUAUAUGAAUGUUGACUUUCUUCCUUCUAUCUAUCUAUCUAUCUAUCUAUCUAUCUAUCUAUCUAACACGCUCUGUACAUAUCUAUCUCAGUCUGUUUAUAUCUAUGUAUCUGUCUAUCGAUCUAUCUAUCUAAUACAGUCUGUACAUAUCUAUCUAUCUAUCUCAGUUUGUUCAUAUGCAUCUAUCAAUAUAUCAUUUUUCUUACCAACAUGA